UUGGGUACCGAUUGAUCACGUUGCUCUACCAAUCAUCACAGUUUCGUGCAGCUUGCCCUGCCCUCCAUCAUUGUUGGUGACGAGUUACGGUCUGGCCUGGGACCCAACAAAACUUCAUUAAGUCAUACGAGCGGUGUGGCAGCCGAAGCAAAGUUUUUGUCUGUGGGAAAAGUUCCCUGCAGACGGCGCAAACACACAGAGAGAGAGUGGAAUAAAAGGCCUCUCCCCUCAACCAACCAAGCGAUGUCAAUGCCUCCCGGCUCGGUAGUGACGGGCGACCGGUGUGCGGUUGCGGUUGCGGGGAGGAGGUCACUCCUGCUGCCGCCUCGCCGUUAGGAAUGGAGGGCGGCAUCGCGCCGACCUCCCAGCUGCUGUUCCGCGCUUGCGAAGAGGGAAACUUCGAGAACGCCAGGCGGCUGCUGGAGCCCCCCGAGGAGGAGGAGGCGGGUGUCGGGGCGCCGCAGGUGCCGGUCGACUGCACGGACGACGACGGCAACUCGGCCCUACAGUUCGCGGCCGGCAACGGCCACGAGCAGCUGGUGCGCUUCCUGCUGAUGAAGGGGGCGUCGGUGGACAGCCGCAACCACUACGGGUGGACGCCGCUCAUGCAGGCGGGCCGCUUCGGCCACCUCGACGUGGCCCAGGUGCUGCUGGAGAACGGCGCGGACGCCAACGCGGCCAACAAGCUGGGCGCCGGGGUGCUAACGGCCGCGGCGCGAGGCGGGCACCCCGGGCUGGCGCGAGCCCUGCUCGAGAGCGGCGCGCGCACCCCGGACCCCGGCCCAGGCGGCGACACCACAGGCCCAGGCCCAGGCCCGCCAAGGUGUGGUGAGGAGGACAACGACGAGGGCGAGCGGGAACGGGCCACGGGCGACCUGACGCCGCUGAUGGUGGCGGCGCAGCACGGCCGAGAAGCCGCCGUCAGGGUGCUCUUGGAAUGGGGCUCGGCGGCCGGCCAGGCGGGCCACACCAGCGGCUGGAGCGCUCUCAUGCUGGCGGCCCUGAGCGGGGAGCUGGGCGUGGCGCAGCAGCUGAUAGACAGGGGGGCCGACCCCAACUUGACCAACGCGGCCGGCAUGACUGCCUUUGAAAUCGCCUGCACGGCCAAACAGAGGGAGAUGCGGCAUUAUCUGGACUCCAAGACCACCAACAGGCCCAAGUCGGACGAAGAGAAAAGGAGACCAGACAUAUUUUGUGCCUUAAAACUGGGGAGCUAUCCAUUGGUGAAGGAGAUUCUUGAUGAAGAUGCAAAUCAGGCCAAUAUUGUUAAUGCAGAUGGUGCCUCUCCGUUAAUGAUUGCUGCCAUGACAGGUCAGCUAGAACUUGUACAACUUCUUUGUGAGAGGAACUCUGAUAUUGACAAGCAAGAUGGUGUUCAUGGGUGGACAGCCUUAAUGCAAGCUACUUACCAUGGGAGCAAGGAUGUUGUGAAGUAUUUGUUGAAUCAAGGAGCAGAUGUCAAUCUCUGUGCCAAGGAUGGAGUAACUGCAUUUGAUCUUGUAAUGCUGCUAAAUGAUCCAGAUACAGAACUUGUACGACUUCUUGCAUCUGUCUGUAUGCAAGUUGAUAAAGAGAGAAGUAAACCAAAAUCCAAGACGGUACCUCGUUCAAGAAGUAAACUGUCCUUAAAUAUCCCUGCGCCUCCAGAGGACAAGGGGGGAUUAAAGUCUUGGUGGAAUAGAAUGUCCAACAGAUUCCGUAAAUUGAAAUUGACUAGGACACUUAGACAAGGCUUUUCCUCAAAUCGGCUUGCCCCUUUCUUAGAUGAUCCUAAAAUUGGAUUGGAUUCAACAAUGAAAGCCACCCAAAAGGAUGACUCCAAUGAUUCAGCCUUGACAUCUGCAGGCAAUAUAGAUUUCUCUAUGGCUUGGACAUCACAAAGCAAGAACGGUGGACAUGGCCAUACUUGUACAGAAAAAGAUGAUGUUCUUCUUACAACUAUGUUAAGAAAUGGUGCACCUUUUACUCGCCUUCCCAGUGACAAGCUGAAAGCAGUUAUUCCUCCAUUUCUGCCUCCAUCAAAUUUUGAAGUGUGGAGUUCGGAUAGGAUACGAAUGAACAAAGAUGGCAAAAUGGAGCAUACAGCGUUAUCUAUGCCUCGCAGGUUUGCAAAGGCCAACUUCAACAGCAGUGGAAAUUCUGAUAUAACAUCUGUGAGCAGAAUGGGGAAAUCUGUUAAACUCCCUCCUAUUCCAAAUCUCACCAGAAGCCCAACAUCUCCUCAGAACUCGGGACAUUUUAAUUAUUCUCCACAUUCCUCUGGUGGAUCAAAUGGAGUAGCUGGCGUCAAUAGACACUGCAUCGGUGAAUCACAUAACCGCUCAGGGGGAAGUUCGGAUAGUGUCUUGUCCCAAAUCGCUGCCCAAAGGCGGAAAGCAGCUGGUUUGCCCGAUUUGAAAACAACUAGGUCUGAGAUUUUGCCUCAACUUAUCUUUGUUGAAACUAACCUCCCUGAACUGCCAGCCUCGCCAACUGCGGAUAACUGCAUUGUACAGAAAUGUAGCCAACAACGUCCAUCGUCUGGCACCUCAUCUAAUUCCAAGAGCACCUCUCCUACUCUGACUCCAUCACCAUCUCCCACACCCAAAAGUCCACAAGGAGAAUCCUCCCUGUCAUCAUCUUCACAUCAACACUCUAAGAACAGUGGUGGAUCCAGUAGUGGAACUCUCACGGAUGAAGAUGAAUUAUCCAGUAUUUUAAAAAAGCUGUCGCUUGAAAAAUAUCAACCUAUAUUUGAAGAACAAGAGGUGGAUAUGGAAGCAUUUCUUACGUUAACUGAUGGUGAUUUGAAAGAGCUGGGUGUAAAGACAGAUGGUUCAAGGCAACAAAUCUUGGCAGCAAUCACAGAGUUAAAUGCUGGAAAGGGACGUGAGAGGCAGAUACUACAGGAAACUAUCCAUAACUUUCAUUCUUCAUUUGGGAGCAGUGCCAGCAAUUCUCGUCAACUUAAUUUUCAGCAAUCUCCCAUUGCCUGGAUUGGUAGACCAACGACAACAGUGGAUAAGAGAUGACCUUGAAUUGGGCGGGCGAUUCACUUUCAACAAAUCCUCCAUAAUCUAACCUUCAAGAUUAGUGUUUUGUGUAUGCAUCCUCAAUCAUAACUUCUGCCAUAGCAGGUGACUCAAGGGUCUCAAACAGAAAUUGUGCCAGUAUCAUGAGGAAUCAUCGAAUGCCCAACAGAAUCGAGAUUUGUCAUUUGUGCAAUAGAUGAAAUCCUGCCGCAUUUUAAUGAUUCAUUUUUUU